UCCGCGAAGCUUACCAAGCCUAGGAAGAGGCUGUUCUGGUGUCCGCCGUGCGGGUGGGGAGGCCAGGACCCGAGAGUUCAGGCGGCCCAGGCUCAACAAGCUGCGGCCACGCCAGGACACCAACUCCCGUCUGUGGACCCCACGUCCGCGGCCCCCCGCCGGAAAGCCCACGGCGUGGGGGAAGACAGACAAUGCCGUGAAGCUGGGGUUCGCUCUUCUUAAGUCAGUGGUGGAGCGUGGAAGAGCUGCACCCUUCGAAGCGGUAAACCAGCACCUCUGUCUGUCUGUUUGCUUUGCCUAAGCUCCACCACUCCAAACCCACCCAGCAGGACCCUGAACCCGUCCACCCCGGGCCAAGCGAGACCUUCCGGCUGGGUCCCCCGGAUUUGGGCCGACUUUGCCCCUCCAAACAACCUUAGCACGAUGUCUUAUCUUAAGCAACCGCCUUACGCAGUCAGUGGGCCGAGUCUGACCACUUCGGGCAUGGACUCGCCGCACCCCUCGGUGGGCUACCCGGCCACCCCUCGGAAACAGCGGCGGGAGAGGACGACGUUCACCCGGGCGCAGCUGGAUGUGCUGAAGGCGUUAUUUGCUAAGACCCGACACGCAUAUGUCUUCGUGUGGGAGGAGGUGGCGCUGCAAAUCAACUUGCCCGAGUCCAGGCUACAGGUGUGGUUUAAGCAUCGAAGAGCUAAGUGCCGCCAACAGCAGCAACAGCAGAAUGGAGGUCAAAAGGAAGUGAGACCCGCCAAAAAGAGGACGUCUCCUGCUCGGGAAGUGAGUUCAGAGGGGAACAAGCGGCCAGUUCACUCCCCCUCGAGCACCUCAGGCCCAGCCACUUCCAGCAGCAGUGCUCCUGUGUCUGUCUGGAGCCCAGCUUCCACCUCCCCACCGUCAGAUCCCUUGUCCACCUCCUCCUCCUGCAUGCAGAGGUCCUACCCCAUGACCUAUACUCAGGCUUCAGGUUAUAGUCAAGGAUAUGCUGGCUCAACUUCCUACUUUGGGGGCGUGGGCUGCGGAUCUUAUUUGACCCCUCUGCAUCACCAGCUUCCUGGAGCAGGGGCCACACUCAGUCCCAUGGGUACCAAUGCAGUCACCAGCCAUCUCAGUCAGUCCCCAGCUUCUCUCUCCACCCAGAGAUACGGAGCUUCAAGCUUGGGGUUUUUUUGGUUUGUUUGUUUUUUUGUGGUAUGCGGGCAUCCCUCUGUUGCGGCCUCUCCCGUUGCGGUGCACAGGCUCCGGACGCGCAGGCUCAGCGGCCACGGCUCACGGGCCCAGCCGCUCCGCGGCACGUGGGAUCCUCCCGGACCGGGGCGCGAACCCGGUUCCCCUGCAUCGGCAGGCGGACGCGCAACCGCUGCGCCACCAGGGAAGCCCCAAGCUUGGGUUUUAACUCAACCACUGAUUGCUUGGAUUAUAAGGCCCAAACUGCCUCCUGCUGGAAGCUUAACUUCAAUGCUGACUGCUUGGAUUAUAAAGAUCAGACAUCUUCGUGGACAUUCCAGGGUGGUGAGGACCCGCAGAACCUCUUUUUGUGGGUGAAUUUUAAAUACACUGAGCUGGACAUUCCAGUUUUAACCAUUGGUUAAAAGAGUUAGCUGGUGUGAAGCUCAGACUCAUCUUCUGAGCGAUGUCCCGGGAGGCACAGAAGGAGACGUGAAAGGCCUUAGAGGGGCCUGCCAACCAGCUACCUGAAAUGGACAAACCAUUUGAUACUUAAGAUCCUAUCACAGUUUUAGAUCGUUGGUUUUACUGAUUCGCAAAGUGAUCGAAAGCAUCCUAGUCACGUGCAACCAAAUACCACCAAAAAUAAACAACACUAAAUUGUGAGAGGAAGGAGGGAAGGAC